AACUAGCAUGCAAGCGACGUUUACAUGCAGCUCCACGUCCCUGAGUCCCACAUGGCUAAUGAACUACAACAGUCGCUGCUUUUGCUUGGGUCCUCAUUGGUCUGUCGGGGGUUAACAGGAUUUGCAGUAAGUAGCUUUUGCCGAAAGGUAAAUCUUGCAGGAAAGUAGGUGAACCUCCUUCAGAGAACCAACACCUCUUCUGACCAACGUCGAGGUGUUGAAACGAGGAAAAUAUGAGCUAAAACGACACUUGGAGUUGUCAAACCUCCGGGACUCUUUACUUUGAAGUUUGUCAGAGACUUUAGCAGACAUGGUAGAGGUGUUUACCGGAAGGACACUCCUGAAUAAAGACGGGGAUAUAGUCGAUCCUGAAGAGGCGUUAAGGAAUAAAGUGGUGGGGAUCUACUUUUCUGCAGGAUGGUGUCCCCCAUGUCGAGACUUCACACCCAUCCUGUGUGAUUUCUACACCGAUCUGGUUGAAGAGAGCGAACCUCCGGCUCAGUUUGAAAUAGUUUUUGUCUCCUCAGACAAGUCGAUGGAUGACAUGGUUGAAUAUUAUCAUGAUAUGCACGGAGACUGGCUAGCUCUGCCCUGGACGGAUGAUUACAAGCAUGAGUUGAAGCAGCGCUACAAGAUCACAGCGGUCCCUAAACUGGUGAUUGUGAAGGAGAACGGCGACAUGAUCACAGACAAGGGCAGGAAACAGAUCAGAGACCGAGGCCUGACCUGCUUCAGGUCCUGGCUGGACGCUGCAGAGAUCUUCCAGAACUUUAAUGGUUAGGAAACAAAGUCGAGGAACACACUGGAGGGCCGAACAAAACCAAAGUAAAAUAUUUCUAUGCUCAUUUUAGUUCAGUGGUUCCCACUGGGGAUGAAGGGUCAGAAGAUGGUUAAGGGAUAUGAAAAAGCAAAUUUAUAUUUCUGUAACACAAAGUUGUGUUUUUAUGUUUUGUCAAAUACUGGAUAUAUUUGACUUCUUAAAAUCCUUUAAUUAAAUAAUCCGAGAAGGAAAAGUCAAACUUUGGUUGAAUUGCUCACAAGUCAUGCUUUGUCGAGGGGUUUACAUUUAGAUAUGGAUUUGUUUUAAGGGUUCACACGCCAAAAAAGGUUUGGAAACGCUGCUUUUAAACAUCCUAUGCAUUUAAGACUAACCUCAGGCAUGUCCUUUAUUAUGUGAAAAAUGCUCUGCUUUAAGAAAAUUGUGCAUUAAGUAUGAAUAAUACAAGCCAGCAACUGCCGUUUCUGAGUUUAUUUGAAAUGCAUUCAUUUAUGUUCUUUUAUAAGAUUGUGCACAAAUUAAACAUUCAGUUAAACCUUGCGUUUAUUAGGUAGAUAUUCUUUAUGCUUUUUAAGGUUUGACUUGUAGUUCUACAUUGAACUGCCUCUAUAUUUUUGUAUUUUUAUUUUAUAUGGGUUGUUAAGACGGUUAUUAAAAAUAUAUAUUCUGA